AUGAACACUGCAGAGGACUGGGGCCUCAUCUUAGACAUCUGUGAUAAAGUUGGACAGUCACGCACAGGGCCUAAGGACUGUCUCCGUUCUAUUAUGAAGAGGGUAAACCAUAAAGAUCCCCAUGUUGCUAUGCAAGCAUUAACACUUCUAGGAGCAUGUGUGUCAAACUGUGGUAAAAUCUUUCAUUUGGAAGUCUGUUCAAGAGAUUUUGCCAGUGAAGUAAGCAAUGUGUUGAAUAAGGGUCAUCCAAAAGUUUGUGAAAAGCUGAAAGCUCUUAUGGUGGAAUGGACUGAUGAAUUCAAGAACGACCCGCAGCUUAGUUUAAUAUCUGCUAUGAUAAAAAAUCUUAAAGAGCAAGGAGUUACUUUCCCAGCUAUUGGUUCACAGGCAAAAGCAAGUCCAGCUCUAGUUGCCAAAGAUCCUGGUGCAGUGGCAAACAAAAAGGAAGAGGAGGAUUUAGCUAAAGCUAUUGAACUGUCACUAAAAGAACAAAGGCAACAGCAAACAACACUUUCCAGUCUGUAUCCGAGCGCAUCAAGCCUUUUAACAAAUCACAAACAUGAGGGCCGAAAGGUUCGUGCAAUCUAUGAUUUUGAGGCUGCUGAAGACAACGAAUUAACUUUUAAAGCUGGAGAACUUAUAACUAUCCUUGAUGACAGUGAUCCAAAUUGGUGGAAAGGUGAAACUCAUCAGGGUAUAGGAUUGUUUCCAUCUAAUUUUGUGACAGCUGAUCUUUCUGCGGAGCCAGAAAUGAUGAAAGCUGAGAAGAAAACAGUGCAGUUCAGUGAUGAAGUUCAAGUGGAGACAAUAGAACCUGAGCCUGAACCAGUUUAUAUUGAUGAAGAUAAAAUGGAUCAGCUCUUGCAGAUGUUACAAAGUGCGGAUCCAUCUGAUGAACAGCCAGACCUCCCAGAAUUGCUUCAUCUUGAGGCAAUGUGCCACCAGAUGGGACCUCUCAUAGAUGAAAAGUUGGAAGAUAUAGACAGGAAACAUUCAGAACUUUCAGAGCUCAAUGUUAAAGCAAUGGAGGCUCUUUCUUUGUAUAAUAAAUUGAUGAAUGAAGACCCAAUGUAUUCUAUGUAUGCAAAACUACAAAACCAACAGUAUUAUAUGCAGUCAUCUGGGGUUUCUGGCUCUCAGGUUUAUCCGGGGCAACCUCAAGGUAAUGCAUAUUUGGUGGCAGGGAGUGCACAGAUGGGCCAUAUUCAAGGCUAUAAUCUUCCUCCUGAACAGCUCCCUUCUCUCAGCCAAGGCACAGUUACUCCAUCUGCCAGCUCAGUGCUGCCUGGUCAGCCUGCACAGACGUCUUACACAAAUGCAAUGGUUGGCUCUGUUGCUGGAAAUACUUACUCUAACCAGGCUUCAGUGUAUAGUCCACCACCUGCUACUGUUGAUGUUGCUGCUUAUCAAAAUGCUGGAACUAAUAUGUCCCAGGUGCCAAACUAUAACUUACCAUCUACACCUCUGCCACAGACAGCAGGCAGUCAACAAGCACCUCCACAACAGCCACAGCCUCCACCACCUCAACAGCCACAGCAUAAUUACUCACAGAAGGCUCUGCUAUAGGAUCCAGGACUUCUGAUUUCUCAUCUUCUUUAACCUCUGCUAAAGGCAGUUGGCAAUUCUAUGAGUUUCUUCCUUUAAUCUCUUAAACUUUGUUUAUUCUCAGCUUAAUAAGAAUCUAUCUUGGUGGACAAGUUCAAUUUGCACUGACUUUUUGGGAUUUUUUUUUCUUUUAAUUUUGCAGAGGAACGGAUAUAUUUAGGACAUUUAAUUCCUUUUAAAAUGCCUAAA